AUGUCUUCUGGAAUCAACGUCAACAUCUCUCGCUCGGAUCUUGAGGGUCUAGGCCAAUCGGCCGAAAUCACCGAUGUCAGACAUCUAUCCUCCUAUAGUUGGAUUGAAGGGUCGACGCCAACAAUCAUCGUACCUGGCCUUACACCACUCUGGAAUCCCCCGAGAGUUCCCCAGAAGCUGGAGAAAGACUCUGGCUUCGUCUACAUCGCCCAAAAUGCCGCCCGCCAUCCAGACUGCCCGAUUGAGCCACUGUUUCGCUCCUUGUUCAUGGAGCACCCGACAUUCAAUCUCCACGCUGUCGAUUCCAGCUACACGCUCGAAUCUUUUACUAUCAACGCCGAGGUUACUCAAAAUACAACCAUCUUUUGCCAAACAGAAGCGGCUACUAGUGAGGUUAUUGAGCCCAAUGACUUCCGUGAUUUCGGCCACCAAUUUGAGCGACGCUACGCCGCUGCCGAGGUAAGUGGCAGCACGGGUCACCAUCGAAUUCUAUCAUUCCGCUUUUGUGGUAUGAGUUUCGUCGUUCGGCAUGAAACAGAUGGCUAUGUAAAGGAGGAUGCGACCGGCCAUAAAGUAGUGGAGAGCGACAGCCUCACAAACCUAUUGCGCGAUUUGUUUUUGAAUCGGCAUGAUUCAUACACAAGCAUUGCCGAGUCUAAACUCAGGAUUCAGCGAGGAGGCCAAGUCGUCCCUCCCAGUUCUACUAUCGAGAUCAAGACUCGCACCAGAAAGAAGUUGAUCGAUAUAGACGAAAUUGCACCCCAACUCUGGGCUUCACAGACUCCCAAGCUAGUUUGA